CGCGUCCUUGUUCAUUUGAUAUCUCAAAGAAAUACUCUUAAUUCGAAGAGUCUAAAUAACCAAGUGUAUCUUUGGAAACUAAAAAUGGAUGGAAACGUUUCCAAGUCGAAUAAGUUAGCUGCUUCAACGAUAGUCGCCAUUGUUUCGUUAGUCGCUCUCUUGCUGUGCUGUGGUGAGUUUGUACGUAUCGAGAUGGUUCUGAAGCAACAAAACACGAAAAUACAACAGUUGGAGAACAAGAUGACCUUUCAAGCAGUCAAUGUAGACAAAAUGGCUGCAAACAAAGGAAAUAGCCUCGAACGACUCGCUUUUAAGAACGUUCAAGAAUGCUGUGGAAGGAACAAGAAACGAAUGCAAAGGAGUGUCGACGAGAAAGACUCAAUAUUGCAGGGAGAAACUAACGAUACGAAGAGUGAGAGCCGUCUUAUCGAAAAACUGACCAAAAUAAUGCAGCAGCAAAUGACUAAAGCUAUCUCUGCUAAGAACUUUAUCGCUAUACGAGGUAGGAGAGGUAGAAGAGGACCCAGAGGACCACCAGGACCCAUGGGUAAACCAGGUAGAACAGGCAAGCAAGGAAUACCGGGACUGAAAGGUGAUCCAGGACAAAAUGGAGUUGCCGGUCCUCGAGGCAUGCCGGGACCGAAAGGGGACCGCGGUCCAUCGUUAGAACACCCAUCAGUUGUCAUCUCUCCUCCUCGUUUGAUCGUCAAUGAAAGCAAGUCUCCUAUCCUGAAUUGUUCAGCUAAAGGAUAUCCAAGACCAUCCAUUGUAUGGUCUAGAGUCAAUGGUUUGAUGCCCACGAAUGCAUUCAUAUUGAAUAAUACUGACCUUGGGAUCCAAAAGGUUACACCUCUUGAGUCAGGUAUAUAUCAAUGCCAGGCUUCUAAUAUUCUUGGUAAAGUAAAGAAGACAGCAAGAAUUGAAAUCAACUUUAGUCCUAGAGUUAAUCUAAAUAGAGGACCUGUGCGUGUCAAGCAUGGGAAUAACAUAACCCUUCCAAUGUGUCACGUGACAGGACACCCCGAACCUAAAGUCACGUGGUAUAAGGCUGUUGGUUUGUUAUCAAAAACACGAACCGUUGUCAAAGACAGCAAGCUAUCGAUAUCAGACUCAGCAAUAAAUGAUUCUGGUACAUAUUUGUGUAAAGCAGAAAACCUACUUGGAUCAGCCGUUGCAGGGACAAUGAUAGUCGUAAUACCAAUACCAUUAUUUGUGAUCAAACCACCUGUAGAUUUAGAAGCCUACUUUGCAACCAAUGCUGUAUUAAAUUGUUCUGCUAAAGGUGUUCCUGAACCGCUGAUAAAAUGGAAGAAAGAAAACGGCCAUCUUCCAGCUGGACGACAUGAAGUGAAAGAUGGAUCUCUCGUUAUUGAAAAUGUUGUCAAAUCCGAUUCUGGUGUCUACGUGUGUACCGCUACGAGUGGUGGAGUUGCUGACACGGAAGCUAAAACACGAAUGAACAUUGUCUACAGAGAUUGUGCCGAUAUCUACAAAUCAGGUGAAAGACGUAGCGGUGUGUACACAGUAAAACCCGACAGUCAAGGACCCUUUCAAGUCUACUGUGACAUGUCCACUGACGGAGGGGGGUGGACAGUGUUCCAGAGAAGAAAAGAUGGAUCUGUUGACUUUUAUCUUGGAUGGCAAAAGUACAAAACAGGUUUUGGAAACCUGAAUGGCGAGUUCUGGUUGGGUAAUGACUACAUCCAUCGACUGACAGCAAGAACACCCUCGACUCUACGUGUGGACCUGGAGGACUGGAGUGCAGUAAAGUAUUUUGCCAAAUAUGGCAGUUUUAGUGUUGGUUCUGCAUCAAACAAGUACAGACUCAAGGUUGCCUCUUAUUCGGGUACUGCUGGAGACUCACUGACAUACCAUAAUAACAUGUUCUUUUCUACCAAAGAUCAAGAUAACGAUCACUGGAGCAAAAAUUGUGCAACACUACGCACUGGUGCUUGGUGGUAUUAUGCUUGUUUUCAUUCCAAUCUGAAUGGGAAAUACUUGGGAAAUACUAUUGAUGGAAAGGGAAUUGUAUGGAGUAAAACAAAAAACAACUAUCUUUCAUUCAAGCGUUCAGAAAUGAAAGUACGACCCAAAACAUUGUAAUGUUAUUCUAAGGUCCAUUCCUUGUUGCGCUUCUACUAAGCCUCCUCUCGUGUUUAGUCAAGGACUGCAUGCAGCAAGCCAUUACUUCAGUACAGCACAGUCCUCGACCAAUCAUAGUGCUUGUAGCGAGGUGACUAAAUGAUAACAAUAUAUCCAUGACUUUUGAUCCCAAAUGUAUAAAACAUUAGUUUAGAAUUUAAUAUCAUCACUAGUAGAUGAGCUUGACGUUAGGUGCUUGUUCGUUUGGAUGAGAGGAGCCCGGCACAUAAAAUCGCGGUAACCAUGGCAACCCUGUCACAACUCACCGUGCACCUGUCACACUGAUGGUCUGGUCAGUGGAAUACUUACCCAUAUAUACCUAACAUAGGGAGGAAGGGCGGGACAAAAACAAAUCUAGCGUUUAGAGUGUGGUUGCCAGAGGCUAGCGAUAGUGAAUAUCGUAAUGCAAACGAUUGUUGGCGAAUCUAAGGUCAAGCUAGCGUGAUCACAUGGAUAGCGUGUGAUCGAGUUGACCCAUUAGCAAUAAAUAGCGUUGAUCGAUAUCGCGGUAUUGAAUUACCGAUCAAAUAGCUUAGCCCUGCUGAUGACCAUAAAGAUAAUGCUAGCGUAAUCACCAGAAUAGCGUGUGAUUGUAGUAGCAUGUGCUUAGCGUAUAUAGGUGGCCAGUGGGCAGACAACAAAUGGAAACAGCGGCUAUCGUAGACUAUUCGCUGCUACUCAGAUCGAGUCUAACUUUGCCUGAAUUUCAUUUAACCACAUGAAACAGAUCUAGAGGGUGUACAGACAGCGCUUGAAUAUGAAUUACUGUCAUAUUGUGUAUCUUCCUUUCGAUAAAUGAGAACUGGAAUAAAUCUACUUCUUGAUAU